GUUUGGUUUUGUGAAAUCUUGCAAAGAUGAAUGAUUUGAUGACAAAAUCGUUCUUAAGUUAUGUGGAACUGAAGAAACAAGCCCAGAAGGACCUUGAAGAGAAUCUUGAUAUCGAAUUAGGCCAAAUUCUUAACCCCAUAGAUGAAGAAAACCUCUCUAAGUUUUACCAAGAAGUUGGUGAAGUCAAGUCUGAAAUGGAAGAGAUUACCAAUCUCUUGUCUGAUCUUCAAACCUUGAAUGAAGAAGCAAAAUCCACUCACAGUACAAAGAUUCUUCGUGGGCUUAGAGAUCGUAUGGACUCGGACAUAGUUUCCAUACUUCGUAAAGUGAGGAUAGUCAAGACAAGGCUUGAGAAUCUUGAUCAGUCCAACAUUAACAAUCGGAGUGUUUUAGAUGCUUAUAGAGAAGGAAGCCAUGUUGAUCGUACCAGGAUUUCGGUCACCAAUGGUUUGAGAGUCAAGUUGAGAGAAAUGAUGAACAACUUUCAGAGUUUGAGAGAUAAAAUUGUUGAAGAUCACAAGGAAGAUCUCAGGAGGAAGUACUAUUGUGCCAUGGGCAAGUUACCUAGUGAGGAGGAGAUCGAAAAGAUGGUUUCUGGGGCCAUGAAAGUUCAAAUGUUUGAAGGGAAAACAGAAGUGGAUAUGGAGAACAAAGUUAGGCAUGAGACAGUGUUAGAUAUUCAAAAAAGUUUGAAUAAGCUUCAUCAGGUGUUUCUUGACAUGGCUGUUCUGGUUGAGAUCCAGGGCGAAAAGAUAGAUGAUAUUGAAGAGAAUGUUGUGAAUGCAGGUAACUUCAUCAAUGGUGGCACUAACAGUCUUUACUAUGCUAACCAGAUGAAGAAGAAGAACAAAUGGUUUUACUGGGUUUGGGCAGUGGUGGUGAUGAUACUCCUGGUCUGUGUCAUAUCAACCUUAGCUUCUUGAAAGU